AUACUCUCCUCUGGUCUCAGCGUUCUGUCCUCUGAAUCUAAACUAGGCCUCGAACCUCUAUAACAAAACGAAGCGUUCCAAACCAGAACAGCAAGUGGUGAAUGUUUCCCAUCAUCGAGUGCGCUCGGAAAAAUGGUGAACUCAGUGCAGGAGCGAGCCGUCUGCUCCAUGUCAAAGCACAUCUACAGAAAGUCAGGAUCAGGAUAUCGAGCCCAUCAAGCGGACGCUUCAUCUAGCGAUUCCGAUAUGUCAACCCUCGUCACUGUGGUCGCCGCUAUCGUUCGAAAAAAUUUCUUCCUCGUCGCUACUAUCGCUGGCGUCAUAGCGGGAAUCGCUCUUGGAGUCGCUCUUCGAACGUUCGAGCCCUGCGCUCAGACCAUCUCGGUCAUUGAGCUGCCGGGCGAACUAUUUAUGCGAUGUCUCCGGUUACUGAUCCUACCGAUGAUGAUCGCGACGAUCGUCACAGGGAGCGCCAACCUUUCGGGUAAAGCGCAAGGAAAAAUGGCACUGCUGACUCUCAGCAUCUUUAUGAUCACCUCACUCCUAUCGGCUCUCAUCGGAUUGAUUUUCGUCACGGCAAUCCAUCCCGGGAGAGAUUUCGGCAAUGUUGUACAAUACGACAAGGAGCAGGGUCAGACUCCCACUCUAGUGGACACUUUCCUCGACCUCGUCAGAAAUGCGUUCCCUGAGAACCUGAUUGAGGCGACAACUCACAGUGGAUACUCGGCCUACCAAAACAAAAACUUGACUCAGGUUGAUGGCAGUGUGAAAGAAAUAUCCAAGAGAGUCUGGCAGGUGCGCUCCGGGACCAAUUCUCUUGGUUUGAUUGUCUUUUGCAUCGCGUUCGGCUCGACAAUAGGCUCUAUCGGAGCCCAAGCCGAGCCGUUGAAGAACUUUUUCUCGGCACUCGACGCUGUCAUCAUGAAGCUCGUUGGGAUCAUCAUGUGGUCAACUCCCAUUGGCGUGUGUUCCCUUCUCUGCGCCAAGAUCCUCGAAGCGGGGGACAUUCUCCAACUGUUCCAUCAGAUGGCUCUCUUCAUCUUCACCGUGGUGUCCGCAUUGUCGGUCGAACUCUUUGCUCUACAGCCCCUGCUGUAUUUCUUGACCACGAGAGGAAAUCCGUUCAAACUCCUGUUGCAAUUGGCAUACCCUGGAAUGUGCGCGUUCGUCUGUGCAGCGAGCGCUCCCGUCAUGCCUCUGAUGUUACGGACCCUCGAGGAUAAAUGCGGUGUCGACAAACGUGUCGCGAAAUUCGUCGUUCCAAUUGGAGUCACGGUGAACAUGAACGGCACAGCUUGUUUCAUUGCGGCCGCUACAAUGUUUAUCGCACAGAUGAACAACAUCUCCUUAGAGCUCGGAGACUAUUUCGCUGUGCUUAUCACGUCGACUGCAGUCUCGAUUGCAUCGACCUCGGUGCCGUCGGCUGCGCUCUUCCUCAUGGCGAUGACAUUGUCCGUUAUUGGAGCUCCCAUCAGUGACGUCAGCUUGCUCUUCACGACCGAAUGGAUCCUUGAUCGUUGCCGAACCGUGAAUAACUGCCUCGGUGACGGCGUCACAGCAGCCAUCGUUUCUCAUCUGUGCAACCUUGAAGAGGAGCCCUCGGACGACGGUGACACCGAUGUAGACAAGUCUAAGGUCGCUGAGGACGUUCCCUUGAACGACCCACCAGUGUGAGAGAGCAUCUUCACCUCAUCACACCGGACGAGGAGUCGAAUCCCAGUGAUAUAGAAGCAUCCGUUAGUCGUAUUAGCUGUAGCUGCGGGUUUCUCGUUGAUCUUUCGGGAAAUUCGCAGCACCCUCCUCGGAGUCCCCGAUGAAAGUCUCCUGUAAAACUUGCAAGCCCCAUCGGGAGCCCCUAGAGACGUCGUCGCUGCAAAACAUCACUGCUCAGGGCACGAACGCUUCGAGAGCGGUGAACAUUCUUGUUCUUCACGAUUAGGAAAAACUCAGAGCGUAACACGCAAUCAGGGACCUCGAUGGCUUGGAGUCGGUUUCGUGCGGGAAUCGCUGAAAACCGUUUAGUUUUAAUUUUGUUCAAAUGUAGAGAAUGACGGACGACGACGUAGAUAUAGAUUCUGAUUGAAGCGAUUUGCCUUGAGCGUCUCGAAGGUCGCUUCGAUCAUGAAAAAUAUUUGGAAGUGAAUCUCUCAAGCCCGAUACAU